UCUGUUGUUGAGUUUCUUGCCCGGUGCGGAAAAAAUUGAGCUUAAACUACUUUGAAGAAACCUUGGUGAAUUUUUUGGGGAUGCCAUCAAUGGCGCAAGGAGAACAUAAGAGCUUUGUACAAAACAGUAAACCGAGCCCUAAAUCUGCCUUCAGCAUGAGACAAAAGAUAGCAGAACAUAGAAGGUCUCUUCCUAUUGCUUCAGUGGAGAAACGUUUGAUUGAGGAGGUUCAAAAGAAUGAUAUUUUGAUUAUCGUUGGUGAAACCGGUAGUGGCAAGACUACUCAAUUGCCUCAGUUCCUAUACAAUGCUGGAUUCUGUCGAGAGGGAAAGAUGAUAGGGAUAACACAGCCGAGGCGUAUUGCUGCUGUGACUGUUGCUAAAAGGGUAGCUGAGGAAUGUGAGGUUGAGUUAGGCCAAAGGGUUGGUUAUUCCAUUAGGUUUGAUGAUACUACUUCUAGUUCGACAAGGUUGAAAUACAUGACUGAUGGAUUAUUGCUGAGAGAAGCGCUGUUGGAUCCGCAUCUUUCUAGAUAUUCAGUCAUUAUUGUCGAUGAAGCCCAUGAUAGGAGUGUUCAUACUGAUGUUCUGCUGGCCUUGCUGAAAAAAAUACAGCGGGCUAGGUCAAAGCCUGUUGGUGAGAAAACUGAGUUUGGUAAUGUAGCAUCACAAGUACAGACUCAAACAAGGGAUGCGAAUGGUCCUCAGCAGAAUGGUGUAUUAAAAGGGUGUCAAGGCAGAAAAUUAUCUCCGUUGAAGCUGAUCAUUAUGUCUGCCAGUUUGGAUGCACGUGUUUUCUCUGAGUAUUUUGGUGGUGCCAAAGCUGUUCAUGUGCAGGGGCGACAAUUUCCGGUUGACAUUCUUUACACUGUUCAUCCUGAAUCAGAUUAUGUAGAUGCCGCCUUGGUCACCAUAUUUCAGAUUCAUUUUGAGGAGAAGCCAGGUGACAUACUUGUUUUCCUCAUUGGGCAAGAUGAAAUCGAAUCUGUUGAGAGACUUGUCCAAGAAAGACUUCAGAAUAUACCUGAAGACAAACGAAAGCUACUGCCACUUGCUAUCUUUUCUGCUCUUCCAUCAGAGCAGCAAAUGAAAGUUUUUUCCCCAGCUCCGACUGGUUUUCGUAAGGUUAUUUUGGCCACAAAUAUAGCGGAGACAUCGAUUACAAUUCCUGGAAUAAGAUAUGUUAUAGACCCUGGGUUUGUUAAGGCCCGAAGCUAUGAUCCAAGCAAAGGCAUGGAGUCACUUGAUGUUGUUCCAGCAUCGAAAGCACAGACGCUUCAAAGAAGUGGACGCGCAGGACGUGAGGGUCCUGGGAAGUCCUUUCGUCUUUAUCCGGAGAGGGAAUUUGAAAAAUUGGAAGAUUCAACUAAACCGGAGAUCAAGAGAUGCAAUCUCUCAAAUAUCAUUUUGCAGCUGAAGGCUCUGGGAAUUGAUGAUAUAGUUGGAUUUGAUUUUAUAGAUAAACCUUCAAGGGGUGCAAUUAUAAAAGCAUUGGCAGAGUUGCACUCGCUUGGUGCCUUGGCGGAUGAUGGUAAACUAGAGAAUCCCGCUGGCUACCAAAUGUCACGGCUCCCACUGGAACCUGUAUACUCCAAAGCUCUAAUUUUGGCCAAUCAAUUCAACUGUCUAGAGGAAAUGCUGAUCACUGUUGCCGUUCUCAGUGUGGAGUCCAUAUUUUAUGAUCCACGUGAGAAGAGAGAAGAGGCAAGAACCUCAAGAAACCACUUUGCUAGCGUUGAAGGGGAUCACCUAACUUAUCUUAGUGUUUAUCGGGAGUCAGAUGAGUUCUUGGAAAAGAGAAAAGCAGCCGGUAGUGGAAACAAUAUUGAUAAAAUUAUGAAAAAAUGGUGUAAGGAGAACUAUGUGAAUAGCCGUUCCUUGAAGCAUGCUCGUGACAUAUAUAGGCAAAUUCGUGAACAUGUUGAACAGAUAGGUUUUAAUGUGUCUUCAUGCGGAAAUGACAUGCUUGGGUUUCGUAGAUGUCUUGCUGCAUCAUUUUUCCUUAAAGCAGCACAGAGACAAUUGGACGGUACAUACAGGGCUUUGGAAAGUGGUGAGGUUGUCCACAUCCACCCAACUUCUGUUUUAUUCCGUGCGAAACCAGAAUGUGUUAUCUUCAACGAGCUCAUGCAAACCAGCAAGAAGUACAUCAAGAACCUCACAAGAAUUGAUUCCUUAUGGUUGUCUGAGUUGGCUCCUCAUCAUUUCAAAACGGCCGAGUGAAUUUUGCUUAUAACAAGAUAUAACUGUUUCUAUUCUGAUGGAGAUAGAACACGGAUACCACUGGAGACUGAUGCUAAACAUUUAGAGGACACUCGUUCGUUUGAAAGAAGAUGACUGUGGCUGAGCCUUAGCAUUAAUUUACAGGAAACAAGACGACUAAGCUUAAUCUAUGCUCUUUUAUGGAGCUGGAGACACCUAACAUUUCAGGUUUAUUAAUUAUUAUUGUAUCUUGUAAUAGAUUUAUACCCUUUUU